CAGCUCAAUUUUCAAAUAGAAGAAAUAGAUUUACGCAAAAAUAAUUACGUUUCCCUUCAUUAAAAUUUAUUGCACAUUUCAUUUAUUAGAUGUAAUACGCAGAUAAGAUGCACACAUAUUUCUUAACAUUACAUUGUCCUUCAAAUUAAAUGAAUUCUUUGAGAAUGUGCCAAAAUAAUGAUAAUGACAUAGUUUCUGUUACUUUUGACUCUCUAUUCUCGGCUAUUGUCUCGACUUUUCAAAGUGAUCUAUUCAUUAAAUUACGAUGUUGAAUAGUGCCGAAAUUAGGCCCCAGCUUUGCCUCGAGCGAUUACAUCAUGAACGUUUUAUCGUCUGAUACCUCCGGGAUAUCUUACACAAUCGUUUUCGGCUUUUAACCCACGCUGAAGUUUCGUGAGUAUAAAAUAAAGAAAAAGGAGCGGAAUAAUUUAUUCGAAUGAUCGGCCGGUGAAAGAGGACGAAAGAUUGCGACUGGUGUGGCGCGAUUGCGAUAAGUAGAAAGCACCUUCUUCGUCCGAGGAAACCAGCGCGAAUCUGCAGAUCCUUAAGCCGGAUUGGUCGACGAUUCGUGUGGGAUCUCGCAGCAGCCCUUAUAGAUCGACGAAGCGGAUCCACGAUCCAAUCGUACCUGUGUCGACCUGUCUUGAAACUCGCAGGAGUCUGCCAUAAGCACGCGAUCUACGCUCGAGAAGUGUCGGAAGGAUGUUUUGGUGCUGCGGAUUUCUAAGCUUUCUUCUUCUACUAGGCGAAACGUAUGGCGCCAUUUCGAAGAGCAGAGUACGACGUCAAGAUGCGCAAAGUGGUCAGCUGAUAGACAACAUUUUUAAUAUUCCGAUCACAGCGCUCAGACAAACCGCCUCCGCUGCCCAAAUUAUUUCGCCAGAGAACAUGCAGACGAUAGACAGUAUUUUAAAGAUUCCUGUCUCAACUUUAGAAGCUGUCGGCGCACUUGUAAAAACUACAAGAGAGCAGAGGCAACGAAUUCCGGAAAAUAUUCAAGCUCGUCAAGACAGAAGAGAACGGAUCUUGGCUCUAAAGGAGCAGAAAAGAAAGCGAAAAGAGGAAAUACAAAAUCAGCGGCUGGAGCAACUGAAGAGACCUGUCAGGCAAUACAAGGAUCCGCUUGGAUUAAACGCGUUGAGCGAUCUCCUGGUUGGACACCGUGCUGGCGGACUUUUCGGGCAUCAUUCCGGAUUGGGUGGCAUCCACGGGCUUCACGGAAACCGUAAGAUUGGUCAUCACGGUCAUGGAAUUCAUCAUGGAAUUCAUGGUGGACAUCGUCCGCAACAUACCUACGAGGUCCACGAAGAUGUUAACGAAGACACAUCUUUCUCCUGGCACGGUCUGACCGCUGGAUUUGGCAGUUUUACUGGAACCCGACCUUCUAGCACUUCUAUCAAAAUCGAGAAUAAAGUCGCUCCUAAGGAGAAGAGACAGAAAAUCUCCAAGUAUCCAAGCGACAACGUGAAUUUGCAAAAUAAGAUCGUAAAGAUUAGAAAUAAACCGAUACGCAAAUAUGAUGACCCGCCAUUGGAAAAUAAAAUCGCUCCGAGAAACGGAAGAAUAGUAUUUGUGCAAUAGUGAUGUAAAUACGCGAUAACAAAACAACGUGAGAUGUAACCUUUAUUCUUGGUUUCAAGUAUUCGUUAAUUAAUUUUAUCACACUACAUAUUUCAUUUUUUUUUAAUUCUUAUCCUGAGUGUAAGAGACUCUAAAAAGACGUACUUUAUUAUAAAUCUAUUAAAUUAAUAUAGAAAAUAUUUUAUAUAGUUAAAAUAAUAUGUAAUAUAUAUACACAUAUAAUUACUAAUGUAACAUGGUGCAAAUAUAAGUAAUUGUCUUUUCAAGCUUGAAACAUUAUGAUUUAUGUGUACAUUAUAACCAUAAAUUUUUAUUUUCAACUUUAGAAUCUUUACACUUUUUUAUUUUAUCUAAAUCAAUAAACUCUAAAACGUGCUUGUAACUAAUUUUUUAUAGAAAAAAAUAAAUUUUUCGAUGAUAUUCAGUGUGUUCACUGAUAAAA